GCGAUAACACAUGUUCCUUGGGAUCACAGUCCCCGUCUCCAAACCCCGCUGCUCCCUUUAGAAGGAAGAUGGGGGAUCGGGCGAUGAGCGGGAAGCAGGGGCGGUGUAGGAGUUGAUGCGGCGGAGAGGAUGGGAAAGGCGGCGAAGAACUGUCGGGAGGAAGAGAGAAGAAAGAGAGGUUAUAGAUCUGCGGAUCGGAGAAAGAGAGAGUGAGAUUGGUGGGCCAAGUUUAAAGCGAAAGAGAGGUGACGAAGAACAAUAUUAAGAGAAGAAGUGUGUCUUGCCUAUUGUUGGAUCUGUAGGAUUCAAGGGGUACUCUGGAAACGAUGGCUGUGCUUAGAAUUCUGGUUGCACACUGUUUUGGUUUCUUUGUUGUUGGCAGACGUGCUUGGCCCAGUGAAUCUUCUUCUUUCAACUGGAGGGUGGCGAUCACGGCCAGAAGUCUUGAAAAAGAUAAAUCAAUAGCUGCUUUAAGACAGAAAAAUUUGGAAGGCCACAGGUGGAGAAUAUUUCAUGGCGAAGGCCAGGUUAGAAUGUGCUAUCUCUAUAUUCAUGUUGUAAUUCAAUUUGUGUUGUUCUCUGUUCAUCUUUGGCAGGCAAUAUUCCUAGGGCCUUAAGUCUCCACUAUUAUGCAUAAUGACAGGUGAUUUACCAAAUAGGAAAUGAUUCAAUUUAUUCGUUAGAUGAGAUCUUAAAAGCUUUAUGUUACUCUAGGAUCUUUCAUACCUGGGUUUUUGAGAAUGCAUAAUGAAUAUUAAGUAUUGAUUAAACAUAAAUGGCCACGACCGUGAUUGCUUGAAAGGGGUAGAGGACUGAGGCAAGGCACCCAGUGUACCCUUUCUCUUUCUCAUUGUCCUUGAAUAAUUUCCUACAUUGAGUUAUAUACAGAGUACAAAAAAGUAACGGUUCUAAUGAUCUGUAUGAUGUUAAUGCCCAUUUACUUGCCUCAACUGUUCCUGCAGAUGCUUUUCCCUCUUGAACUCUAAUAUUUUAAUUGUUUGCUGAUUGUUUCUUCCAGGAUACAUGGCCACAGAAGGUAUGGCAGGCCCCCCAUGAAGAAAUCAGCCCCAAGCACAACAGUGUACAUUGCAUGAAAAUAAUCCAGGUAAGCCUAUUACUACAGAACCCAUUACGAAUACAAUUUUUAAAAUAUUUACAUUGUUUCUUAAUUAGAAAUCAGCAAAAAACCCAUCAGUUUAGCACUUCCUGUACUAGGAGACUUGGCAGGUCCUAAGAAAUAUCAUAGGUAUUUCGUAAUAACCCAUCAACAAAAUGUUUGUUUUCGAAGCAUCCUAUCACAAUUUAUGGUCCCUUUUGAAUAAAUGAGACUCUGAUGAUAUAAUUUAGAACAUAUGAUUUGAAUGUAGAACUUUUACUUCUCUUUUUACAUGAGUAUACUAUAAAUUACAUGAACAUGAAAACCUAGAUGAAUGUUUCAUUGGUUAUCUGUUCUAAUUAAUUGAUCAAUCAGGG